UGUCUGGCUCUACUGUCUUGAGAUGACCUGCUCAUUAUUUUCAGGAAACACGUGGCAAUUAUAAGCUAAAAAUAUGGCUGCCCCCCUCUGGCUUGAGAUGAUUAGUAGUUCAAAUGUCACACUGUGGCAUUAUAAUGGUGCUAAAACUUAUUUCCUGCGUUUUUUUUAAUGAAUUUGUUUGCCUCACUAUUAUAAACAUUAUUCGAUAAGGUUUAAAUGCUUUAUUUAAAUGCAUCAUACAGUAGUUUGCAUAAAUAUGAUCAUUUUCACACAUUAGCUUGUGAAAUAAUUUAAUAAUUUAUGCACUGGAUUUAGGACAUUCCACCGAAAACACUAUACUUUGAGACUUCAAUGGAUGUCAAUAUCAAAUUACGAGUCCUACUACUAUACAUAAUGUUAAUAGUUGAGACCAAUAAUAGGUAGGGUGUUCCUUGUGGUCCAACAAGAAACCUCAUGAAAACCAGCUGUUGUCAUCCUCUUCUGAAGCAUGAAGGUUGAUGGCAUUGGAUGUUUCUACUGUUCUGGAUCAUUGAAAACAUCAACAUGAAGCAGACUGUAAUUUUCGCUGUCUUUAUACAUUACAACUGAUCAGUCAGAAUGAAACAAUCAGCUUGACAAAUCGCAGAUUGAAUUGAGAUGAAAGUUAGCCUUUUGGCUAAAUUGCGCAUUAACAGCACUGUUUAUUGACAUGCAUUGUAAAUUGCAUAUUAAGGUUAGUUGGGAAAAAUUUGAAAGGGAAAAGCAAAUUGUAUAACACUGUUAAUUUUGUGCCAAUGUCAUGUUUAAAUCCUGGAUUAUAUAUAUAGAUUUUUUUGUGUGCUGCCUGAAGCCUUUUACAAAGUAAUUUUAUAUUUUAUUGUUUAGUUAUUGGUUAUUAUUAAAUCCAUUAUAAAGUAAUUCUGUUAGUAAGUAAUGCAUUGAUGGGUUCAUGCAGAUAUCAGUACGUACUCAUGCAUUUACGUACUCAUUAAACUAUCAUGUAAAAAUGAUAGAUACGCAGUACUGUAGACCUGAAGAGAUCAGAAUAUUAAUCAAACUCUGAAGUUCAACACCUGAUACAGGGCUGACUGGUGAGAUGAAGGCAGAUGUGCUCUCUGUCUUCUACACCUGUCUGCUCCUGUCAUUCCGCCAUCAGACGGCAGGCAGCGGGAACCCCUGCCCUUACGUGCAGCACCAGACGAGAUUAAAGGGAUGAACAGACAGAGAAACUGAAAGUCAUGCUCAACAAAUCCUCCCACACAGUCUGCAGCAACAACAAAAAGCCCUCUGAGAGGAGCUGGAAGCUGCACAGCACAACCACAGUUGCUGCUGAGCAAACUCCACCGGAGCAGUUUUGAGUUGAGUGCCUUGCUCAAGGGUACCUCAGCGGUGUUAAAGAUACAGGGGCAAGCUCUGCUCUUAAAUUUCUCCCACUUAAAUUGAUCCUGCUGAACUGGCAAACUUCUAGUCACAUGAUGCUUCUCUAAUGUUUAGGCCACUGCUAAACAUUAGUUUCAGUAGCAGAGGAGAAUCAAGGUUGAUGCUACACUUCUGUCAGGACUUGAAACACCUUGGUCCGUGCUUGGUAGAUGUAACUGAGUGAUUAAAGGACCAAUUAUGUGAAGCAAACCUUUUGUCACGUGUAGAGUUUGAGUUGAAGUGAAGUUGAGGUGUGAUGAAGGCUUGAAAUAGAGGAACAGCGCUUUUAAAAUGAAAAGAUGACUGCACCAGUCAGGGUGUGCUCAAAGACGGAGGGGGUGGGCAGGGGAUGAUGAUGUCAGUGUGUGACAGAUGAAACAUCAGACAGCCUUUCAGUUUGCACAAAAAACUCAAGGGGCUUCCUCUUGCUGGUCAUUGUUCAGCAGAUCCAUGGAACGAGCACAGCAGACCAACAGCGGUCAGGGAACGGACGCUGAUGUCAACGAGACCAGGCUAUAUUCUCUUCAGAUGCAUCAUUUUUCACCUCAAAGCAGCCUUUAGUAACCUCCUUCAAGAGAUGUUUUUCAAACCUGUGCAAUUUUAGAGCUGCAUGUAUUGCUGUGUAUGUAAACCAAAAGUGCUUUACAUAGCCAGUGCAUGCCUGUUGGGGCGGGGGAUGCAUGUAACACAUACUGUGAGUGUGUGACUGGCGGAGGCAGUGCAUGUUGUUGCAGGGGUGUAUCUGUGCUGCUGCUGUGCUCAUGGCUCAGAGGAGGGCUGCUGGUGGCUGCUGCUGCCCCAGGGCGCCCAUGAAUGAAGACAAUGCCCGUUUCUGCCUGCUGGCUGGGCUCAUCCUGCUCUACUUAUUGUGUGGGGCGGCCAUCUUCUCAGCCCUGGAACACCCCUUUGAGCUGCACGCCCGCCACCUCUGGAAACAACAGCUGGACAACUUCACCCGGCGAUACAGAGUCAACCUGGGAGCCCUGCACACUCUGCUGCGGCAGUACGAGGAAGCAAACGGAGCUGGGAUCAGAGUGGACACAUUGAGGCCACGCUGGGACUUUUCUGGAGCUUUCUACUUUGUGGGCACAGUGGUCUCCACUAUUGGCUUUGGUAUGACCACACCAGCGACCAUAGCUGGAAAAAUAUUCUUAAUCUUCUAUGGUCUCAUUGGCUGUGCUGCCACCAUCCUCUUCUUUAACCUCUUCCUGGAGAGGAUCAUCACGAUGUUAGCUUACAUCAUGCGCUGGUGUCAUGAGCGUCGGCUGAGGUGUGCUGGAGUCAGGGUGGUGUCGAGCAGGGAGGAGUCGUCUGGCGAGGAGGACAGCCUGGAGGGCUGGAAGCCGUCAGUCUAUUACGUGAUGCUGAUCCUGGGUGUGGCAUCGGUUGUGAUUGCAUGCAGUGCCUCCACUCUGUACAGCUCCAUGGAGAACUGGAGCUACGUGGACUCCCUCUACUUCUGUUUUGUGGCCUUCAGCACCAUCGGCUUUGGGGACCUGGUGAGCAGUCAGAGGCAGCAGUAUGAGUCUCAGGAGGCCUACCGGCUUGGGAACUGCCUUUUCAUCUUAAUGGGGGUGUGUUGUAUUUAUUCACUUUUCAAUGUCAUUUCUAUUAUCAUCAAGCAAACUCUCACCUGGAUCGUGGGUAAGCUGGUUUGCUCGGGGCGGCCCUGCUCCUGCUUUACACCUAGCUGCCGGUUGCUCUGCUGCCCUUGCCUCCAGAAGAAAAAUCACAACCAGAGGCGUCUGCCUGCACACCUCAGGCAAAAGCGCUUAAAACGCAACACCGUGCAGCCCAUCUCAUCCCACUGCCCUGCAGGAAGACACUGCUACACGGAGGGCUCGGUGGAGACAGUGUGUGACAGCGAGACGGAUGCAGGUGCAGUGGCUGACGGGGUAUAUGUGGGGCGUCGUCUGUCAGGAGAGAUGAUCUCUGUCAAUGAGUUCAUGGUGUCCAAUAAGGUUUCUCUGGCACUGCUGCAGAAGCAACUGAGCGAAACAGCUCAUCAGGGCCCACGGCAGAGCUACGGCCAUCAAAAUGGAUUCUCUGGUGGUGUGGGGGCCUUGGCCAUUAUGAAUAAUCGCCUACAGGAAACCAGUGUGGAUAGGUAACACCACUAAGAUGUUAUUCUUGUGUACAUUGCUUUGGGUUCUCUAUACUGGAGCCGAAAUCCAACCUAUUUCCUUACUGAGUUAUUUGAAGAAAGUCAAUAAUUUGUCCUCUCAGUAUGACAAAACCAAAUUCUAAGAAUAGAAUAAAAUGUUCUUCUAAUUAUCAUCACACCUCUGAGCAAUUUCAGUAGAAGUCUAUGCAGAUAGUAGCAGACCUCCAGCAUGGAUUCUGGACAUCAAAUAAUUGAAUACAUUUUGUUCUGUGUAGAGAAAGAGAGCAAAAAGACGAAUACAAUUGAAAGAAUUCAACAUCACUGUGAAGAGAGGUAUUAUGUCCUGAAGUGAUUGGCUCAUACAAAAGCAAUCAGAUGAAAGAAGCAGUGAAGGACCACUUAAAGGGGACUGCUGAUUUAAGAGUGCUGCACAUGUCCCCUGAGCUCCUCAAUAAAUAUGGUUGUAUGUGAGGUGGUAUUAGUGACAUAAACACAAUGUCUACAGUCACCUCUUAGAUAACUAGCUGCAUAUAUAAAACAUAUGAAUUGUGAUUUUGUUUCUCAAACCCACUACAGGAGCUCACGAGCACUGAGAAAGAGACAUUUUAAUUUGUUGAUUGCUCACAAGUCACCCAUCUUGUUCCAUCAAUGCAUGUCAUUGAAAUUCAUAGUAAUCACGAAAGAGCGCUGAGUUCCAGGGUUUUCAAUAGAGGCCAUCUAAUCAAACGUAGCCUGUAGAGGACGUCCUUAUGUCAGUAAGUGCUGUACAGAUAGUCGCAGGAUUACAUCAACAGAGCGGAGAGUAAGAUUCAGGCUCUCGUCUAAAUGGAGGAUAUCAUUUACUAUGCAAGAAAACCCAUUUUAAUCCUUUUGCUGUCAUUCUGUAUAUAUAUGAU